UCACAGCGAAGGGGUCCAUUAUUGAUGACGUCUGUGGUGAUUUGGAAGAUGUUUAAGCCGAAAGUUGAAAACCAUUGUAUUGUUGUUUAAUAUUAACAUUUGUUUACAAAUGCGAAGUGCGUACUACAAGCCCCAAAAUGGUACAAACUACACAUAUACCAAAUUGAAAGCAUCAGGUCUGACUAAAGCAGACUCCUCAAGCUCAGCCAUGCCUCAAAAACUCCAAAAGAGUGCCCAGACAUCUCACUACAUUGAGCUGGGAGGUUAUCAGUAUUGGCCUGUGCUGGUGCCUCGAGGUAUCAGGCUAUACACCUAUGAACAGAUCCCAGUGUUCCUGAGGGAGAACCCUUACAUCACUGAUGGAUACAGAGCGUACCUUCCCUCCAGACUGUGCAUCAAAAGCCUCUUCAUUCUGUCCAAUGAGACAGUGAAUAUUUGGAGCCAUCUGUUGGGCUUCCUGCUCUUCUUCUGUGUCGGGGUGUACAACAUGGCCUCGGUCCUGCCGGCCAUCGGCGCCUCCAGAGAGGACUACGUCAUCUACUCCAUCGGACUCUUCUGCUUCCAGCUGUGUAUGCUGUGUUCCGUGGGUUAUCACCUUUUCUGCUGCCACCGCUCAGAGAAAACCAGCCGCCGCUGGAUGGCGCUGGACUAUGCAGGGGUUUCCAUCGGCAUCUUGGGCUGCUACGUUCCUGGAGUCUUCUACACCUUCUACUGCAAUAACUACUGGCGGCAGGUGUACCUGGUGACGGUCCUGGCCAUGAUCCUGGCUGUCUUCUUCGCGCAGAUCCACCCUCAUUACCUCAGCAAGCAGUGGAAGCAACUACGCUCACUCAUCUUCUGCUCGGUGGCUGGAUACGGGCUCAUCCCCACUGUCCACUGGAUCUGCAUCACCGGAGGCUUCUCGUCAGAGCUCGUCCAGGCUUUUGUUCCUCGAGUCCUGGGGAUGUACCUCAUUGCUGCUUUGGCUCUCAUUUUCCACGUUUCCAAAGUUCCUGAACGCUACUUCCCAGGUCAGCUGAACUACAUGGGCUCCAGUCACCAGGUGUGGCACCUGCUGCUGGUGCUGAUGUUUUACUGGUGGCACCAGUCGUCAGGCUUCAUCAUGGCCUACAGACAUAGCCAGCCCUGCCCUGACGCCCCCCAGCACGUCUAGGACGCUGCUCUGCACGCUGGGGUCCCCCACUCCGUUAAACUGUGGCUGAAUGACUGCAGCGUAUUCCAGCAUGCACAGGUGGAAAGCAGGGAGACACAAUGGACAAGCCUUCAGUCCAUCUCAGCGUCACCACAGACAGACACAUUCGUGCCUACAAGUGUCUUCAGUCCAACUUACCUGUGAGUCUGUCUAAACAGAAUCGACCUGCGAUCUCCAGUAUGUGAGGCGACACGUAUCGAGUUUAAAUUCUUAAGAUGAAACAGGACCUCUUGACUGUUGGAAGGCAGCCACUCACAGUGGAUUUUUUACCACAUUUUCAAACUAUAAAAUUUGCAGUAUUUAAAGGCAACUGUACUGCAUUCAGAUUUAAAUAACUCUAAAAACAGCUUUUAUCACAGAUGUAGCAAAAUAGCAAACCCAUCUCAUCAAGGUUGGCAAGUUUAGACAAGUAGUCCUUGUUUAUAAGAGACUGUGCAUUUUUGUGCCUGUUAAUGAAAUAUCCUGUGGCUCUGUAGUAAAGGUUGGUGACAUGUGGUUACUCUAAAUACAGGUACCACAUAGAACUCGUGAACUGCAGAUAUGGUAGUACCUGAUGCUCUGGCGAUAAAUGUUUUCCAUGUGUGUGUCAGGCUGAACUGCGUCUUUGUAGAAAACUUAUCGCAUCACUGCACUCAACAAUCGAUUUCUUCUACAUGUGGAAAUUUUUAAAUGUUGAUUACUGUCAAGUUAAAAUUAAACUGAAAUUGGGACAUUUUUGUUUUCACUAAUUCAAACAUUGAAAUAAAAUUUUAAAACCUGUACCGUUGGUAUUCAUUGCAGUUCAUGUUGCAGCUGCAGCUUUGACUAUACUACUGUGCUUUUUCUCUCGUGGUUAAAAGGGAGCUACAUUUAACUGCCUGAACUGCUGAGAGGGUCUUUCACUGUGAGUAAACUCUGUGUUUUAGGAUACAAUAACCCACAGUACUUUUUCUCCAACUCGUUUAGGGUGAUGUGCAAUGUUAUAAAUAUGUUCAUUCCAAAAUGCAACAUAUCUGUGUUGGAAAGGAAUCUCAACUGCUCUGCUCAAAAAAUACCCCCCCUCCACCACCACCAAAAAAUAAAAAAAAAGA